CGGAGAGUGACCCGGAAACACGCACUGGCCGACGCCCUUUCCAAAAAGGGGAUACGCCUCUUUCGAGCAACAAUGGCUGCCUCGAACGAAGCAGCAAAACUCCAGCAGCACUUGGAGCUGCUAAAAGAGCAGUAUGUCCGAUUGCAGCAAAGGCACAGCGACCUUGAGCAGAAAUACACUCAGGCUGUAGCGUCUUCUGGCUCCGUGGGUCCGGAUCACUUUGUAACUAAACUAGUUGGUAUGGUGACAGGUCUCUAUGAGAAGCAGUUAUACAGUGAUAUAACGAUACAAUUAGCCGAUCGCUCGUUCCCUGGUCAUCGUUUUGUCCUUGCUACCCGUAGCUCCUCUUGGUCUCCAUCAGAUGAGACACUUGGUAAUUCUGAUUCCCUUGACCUGAGUCACCUCUCGCCUCACGUUGCUGUCCUCUUGUUAAGAUGGGUCUAUACUGAUGCUGUGUUCUUGCCAGCAGAUCAAACAGCUGUCAUUGAGUUACUGAGCGCCACUAAUCAAUAUCAACUUGGUCAACUUAAAGAAAAGUGUGAGCAGUCAUUGAUAUCGUCAGUGACAGUUCGUAAUUGCAUUAGGUUAUAUCAGACAUCAGAGGAGCACAGUGCCAGCGAGCUUAAGAGAUACUGUCUCCAAAUUAUCUCAAACCACUGGAAUGACCUUGAUACUGCUGAUUUUGCUGAUCUGAGCGCUCCGUUGUUAUAUGAUAUGUUUAAAGCUCAUUCUAAGUAUCCGCUCCACCUGGCUAUACAGCAUCAAAGAGAAGACGUUGUGUUCAUGUUCAUCAUCGAACACAACUCUCAAUUGCCUCGGAAACUUGAUGAGUUAGACGAUCGUGGUACCAUACCCCUGAACCUAGCGCUAAUCAACAAGAACGAGGGUAUAGCUAAUACUCUGGUAUCCAAUCGCUGCAAUCUUGAUGUGACUGAUAAAGAUGGCAACACUCUCUUACACCUUGCCAUCGCUCGUGGUGAUAUAUUCGCCGCUACUUUUCUCAUCAAGAACGGGGCCAGCACGAUACUCUGUAAAAGGGAGGGACAGGCCACGCCCCUUCAUUUAGUGGCACAGUACAACCGGGCGGAGUCCGAGCGAUACAUAUUAACAAGGUUGAUUAAAGGGGCGGGGGCCCCUGCUGACGAUCUGGUGGAGAUUGGCAGCCUAUUGCUCCAGUAUCAUGCUAAUCUUGAUGCUCAGGAUAGUCAAGGAUAUACUCCGUUACAUAGAGCAAUAGAGAAAGGAAAUACGCCAAUUUUUGAGAUAUUCCUCGAGCACCAAGUUAUUAAUCUUGAGUUGCGUAAUAACUCUGGCUCCACUGCGCUGUGGCUCGCUCUAACUCAGCUUAACUCCACUAGAGGGGAGAGUGAUCGUUAUGCUGCUCGACUCAUAGAAAGAGGUUCUACGCCAAACGCAAUCGACAGCCUAACAGGGAACAGUCUCCUUCAUCAAGCGGCUUUAGAGUCCAACGAGAGGGCGGCCAUUUUCCUUGUCUGUCAUGGAGCUAACGUUGAUCAUGUUAAUCAUCAAGGAGAGAGUCCUAUGCACGUAGCAGCUGCCAUUGGUCUACAUAACCUCAUUCAAGUUCUACUCCAAUACGGUGCCGAUCCUAAUCUUCAGACGAAUCUAAAAAAGGCUCCACCUAGCAUUUCGAUACCGGUCAAGGUUGUCCCGGCUCAGACUCCGCCCAUUUCUCAUAAUUCGUCUGAUCUCAUAAGCCCCACCUCAACGCUAGGAGCCCUCUCAGUUCUUAGUAACAUAGCCUCCACUUCCCCUUCUCUUGGAGGAGGAAGGGAAACUGAUAGUUUUGCUUCUCAGCAGUUGCUGCAGUUGAAUUCCUUAUCUACAGCUGCUAGUUGUGAUACGUCUCCUGUGAUUGGUCGGGCUGCAGCUUCUGCUGUUAAUAGUAACCCGUUUGGUGAUGACAGUGAUGAGGAGACUGCCCCACCCACAAGAACACACGGAUAUGGCUUUGUACCAUCUGGCCAUAAUUCACCUCGCAUGUCACCGGUACCCCCAGCUAGACAAGCCCCGCCCCCAGCCCUUACCACUGAUCCUGGUACGGAAUUUAUUGAGGAACCCGAACCGUUUGACAUUAACAUGGACCCUGGACAAAGGACAGCACUACACCUUGCCAUAGCACAUAAACAUCAUGAAGUGGUUAAAGUGAUGCUUCAAUAUAAAGAAUCAGGUAGUACGAGUGGUAAACUCGAGAUAUCUCUAAACGUCGGUCUAAAAGACGGUGGGGAUGAGACCCCACUGAGUCUCUCACUGUGGACGAACCAGCUGGAGGUAGCACUUAACCUGUUAGAUGCUGGAGCAGACAUAGAGUGUCAGAGAAGAUCAGAUAACAUGACGUUAUUGUAUCAGGCCAUAGUGAGAGAACAACCAUCUGCUUCGUUGUUCCUUCUUGAUCAUGGAUCGAACUUUAGGAAAAGGACUAGCAAUAAUGAGACUCUACUGCUAGUGGCCAUCAAGCAUCAGCUGGAACCUGUUGCUGACCGACUCUGUGAUCUCGGAGCAGAGGUAGGCGUGGCUGAUGCCACCGGUAAUAGUCCACUGUGGGUUGCACUAAGGAGCAGACAAGAAUCAAUAGCAGCUAAACUAAUCACUCAUGGUUGUGACCCCAAUGCUUGGCACACAGCACCCGAUGGGACGUCCCUCUCUCUCCUCCAUCGUGCCAUUAUCCUCCAGGACCCACUCACAGCUUGCUUCCUAGUCAAAUCUGGAGCUGACGUCAAUAGUUCUACGAGACCUUCUGAGUCCUCCUCUGGUAGCACUGGGUUUUCCCCUCCUCUGCACAUGGCCUGUCAGAGAGGACUGGACUCCAUUGUACAGUGUCUUGUUGAUCAUCAUGCUGACCCUAAUGCUAAAGAUUCACAGGGCUGUACUCCACUUCACGUGGCCAUUACUACAAGGCAUCCAAGUUGUGCUCAGAUUCUGUUACAGCAACCUAGACUGGAUCUAUCGGUGAAGGACAAUCGAGGGAGCACUCCAUUUGCAGCUGCACUAGCUACUAAAGACAACGAGACUGGACUCGCUAUAUUGAAGAGAGAGCCAAAAGCCGCCGAACAGAUGGAUAAUAAAGGUCAGAAUUUCCUUCACCUUGCUGUACUCAAUCAAGACGUGGAGAGUGUCAUUUUCUUGCUCAGUGUGGCAGUUGAUGUCAAUUCAAAGGUUCAGAAUCCGACCCAGAACACUCCCCUUCAUUACGCUAUAAAAACUGGCUCAGAGAUACUCGUCCGACACUUGCUAUUGGCAAUGGCUAAUGUGAAAGCUGUUGAUAAUCAUAACAGAAGUGUCCUUCACUUAGCGGUAGAGGGAGACUUCUCAAGUAUAUUAUCAGUGCUAUUGGAGCACGGGGCUAACCCAGACCAUGCUGAUGAAGAAGGAAAUAAUGCUCUUCACGUUGCCAUGCAGUUGGGUCAUGAGAACUGUGUUAAAGUUUUACUAACCGACUCUGACAUUAACCUAACAGCUGCUAACAUGAGAGGUCGUAAUUGUCUACACAUGCUCUCGGCUAGUCCAAAACACAAUGCCUCCUCUCUCUUCCACCUCCUUCUCUCAGCAGCUGCCAAAUUCCCAGUCAAUACGGCCGAUGAAGACGGUUAUACUCCUCUCCUGUUGGCUUAUGUUGCUGGUAGCAGUAGUCUUUGUGAAGGAUUGAUAGCAGCUGGGGCUCACCCAGGAAUGUGUUCAAAACAAGGGCUGAGUAUUUUCAAUGCUCCCGUGGCAACCAAGCAGCUUCUCUUUAGAAUUUUGGAUCAGAUUCAGUCCGAGCCUAGUUGGCUUGAGGGACAGUACUGUAUGAACUGCUCUAUGAAGUUUAAUAUAUCCCACCGGAAGCACCACUGUCGUCACUGUGGUCGGUUGCUAUGCAAUAAGUGUACUUCCCAGCAGAUGCCGAUUGUUAAAUUUGAAUUGAACAAGUCGGUGAGAGUUUGUGAGGUUUGUGGUGACUCCUUCAAGAUUAGCUCUAUGCGGUGAUUGGUUUUAUAACUUAGCGCUUUAAACCCCUAGAUUUGUUGUAAUUAUUAUUGUUGCUGUUCUCUCCUUGCCAGAUUAUAUAACCUCCUCUCAUUUUUGAAUGUAAUAAAAAAAUUGUCUGUGUUAAUUAUUAUUAUUAUUAUUAUUAUUAUUAUUAUUAUUAUUAUUAUUAUUAUUAUGGACACAAGAUUUAUUACUUCUCAUUCGAUUUAUUUCCUUUUCAUUAGUGAAAUUAUUAUUAUUAUUAUUAUAACAUUAUUAUUAGUAUUGUCAAUUAUUAG